UUUCCUUCGGAGAAAAUAUAUUUAUGUAUAUACAUAUGGCACAAAGACUACUUGCAUUGGUUUUUACCCUCCUCAUAUUUCAAGUUUUUUCUUCAGUUACUGCACUGAGCUCAAAUUACUACGAUCACACAUGCCCUCAACUCGAAUCCGCUGUCACCGAUGCUGUCAAGAAAGCAAUGAUGAAUGAUAAAACAGUUCCUGCCGCCCUACUGCGAAUGCAUUUUCAUGAUUGCUUUAUCAGAGGGUGUGAUGCAUCAGUGUUGCUGAAAUCAAAGGGAAAGAACAAAGCAGAGAAAGAUGGACCUCCUAAUAUUUCAUUGCAUGCAUUUUAUGUGAUUGAUAAUGCUAAGAAAGCAGUUGAAGCUAUGUGUCCUGGUGUCGUCUCCUGCGCUGACAUCUUGGCUCUCGCUGCUAGAGAUGCUGUUGCUUUGUCAGGAGGUCGUACUUGGGAAGUUCCAAAAGGGAGAAAAGAUGGAAGAAUAUCGAGGGCAAGUGAUACCAGACAAUUACCAGCUCCCACCUUCAACAUUUCUCAACUCCAGCAGAACUUUGCCCAAAGAGGUCUCUCCAUCGAAGAUCUAGUUGCUCUCUCAGGAGGACAUACUCUUGGGUUCUCCCACUGUUCAUCCUUCCAGAACAGAAUUCACAAUUUCAAUGCCACCGUAGACAUCGACCCAGCACUGAACCCAAGCUUUGCAGCCAGCUUGAGAAGUGUAUGCCCAGUCCACAACAAGGUUAAAAACGCGGGUGCCACCAUUGAUUCUUCAACCUUUAACUUCGACAAUGUUUAUUACAAACUUCUUCUUCAAGGCAAGAGUCUUUUCUCUUCGGAUCAAGCUCUGCUCACCACUCCCAAAACCAGAGCACUUGUGACUAAGUUCGCUAGCUCUAAGCAUGAGUUUGAGAAGGCUUUUGUCCAGUCCAUGAUCAAGAUGAGCAGCAUCACCGGCGGCGGCCAAGAGAUCAGGCUGGACUGUAAAGUUGUUAGAUGAUGAAUAUUUGAUUAAUUAUGAGCCGCUAAGAGAUUUCUUCUUUCCUAAUUUUAUCAGCCAAUAAAAAUGGUGUGCGUGUAUUGUGUUUUUGGUACUGGUUUUGGUUUCUUGCUGUCGAAGUGAACGGCGAGCAAGGACCAAGAAUGCUUCUCUCUGGUUUUUCUAAAUGUAAGUGAUUAUUUGUAUUUGAUAAAUUUUAAUCUGA